AUUGACAAAUCUAGACAUCCAUUGUCAAUUGGUCAAGUGAUGGCGCAUUGUAUGCGACGAGUCUUUAACCUUAAUUUUUACACGGUUGAAUCUGUGCUUCACCGGCGUUUUUAUAACAAACCAAGGGUUUAUAAUCUCUUUAAAAUUCCAGUUUCUAGCCUAACGAAGAUGUCUGACCAUGAAGAAGCUGCGCCCAACAAACGACGCAGGAGGGCUUCACCUGCAUCCAGCUCGAGCAGGAGCAAGAGCCGUAGAUACCAAACAACCUCAGACUCUUACUCUGAGUCAGAGACCUCUGACUCCUCACAGGAUGAGCCUCUUGCCAAAAUAAAACAUUACGACCCCGCAAAUGUCGAGUUCAACAUUGUCUCAUGGAACGUAGCUGGAUUACGAGCGUGCGCCAAUAAAGGCGGGCUGGAUAAUCUCCUAGAACUAAAACCAGACAUGAUUUGUUUACAAGAGGUCAAAUGCACGCCGGAGCAAUUACCCGCGCAGGUUCUCGCCAUCAAAGAAAAGGGAUACAAGUUGUAUCAGACUGAAUCACCAGUGAAAGGGCAUGCUGGUUGUGUUGUACUCACCAAGAUUACACCGUUUCAAGUUACAACCACCUUUGAAGAUGAUGAGGUGAUUUUCAAUGGGCGUGUAAUCCACGUGGAGUUUUAUAAAUUCCACGUGUUAUGCGUGUAUGUGCAGAAUUCCGGGAGGAAACUUGUCACUCUCGGUAAAAGAAUGGAAUUCGAUAAAAUAUUUUCUAAAUAUGUGAAGGCAUUGGACAGAGCCAAGCCGGUUAUCAUCGCGGGUGACAUGAAUGUCGCUCACAUGGAGAUAGAUCUGACAAAUCCGAAGAAAAACGCAAAUAAUGCCGGGUUUACUCCCGAGGAGCGCGAUGGAAUGACUGCACUGUUGAAAACGGGAUUCAUUGACUCAUACAGGCAUCUUUAUCCUUCUCUAAGGGAGAAAUAUACUUUCUGGUCGUAUUUCUCGAAUAGUCGCGCCAGAAACAUUGGCUGGCGACUGGAUUAUUUCAUCAUAUCAAAAAGGUUUAUAAUUUACAUGCUUGAUAGUUUAAUUCUGCCUGAGUAUAAAGGCAGUGAUCAUUGCCCUAUCAUGUUAAAAAUGCAGAUUGUUCCCUGCUAAACUCAGAAUCUCACUAAAAACUCAUUUUUCUACUUUUUGUCACUCAUUUUACGUUUUGUACCGUUUGUUUUGUUAGAUUUAAAGUUUCUUUGUACUCUUUGAUUGUUAUAUUAUUGCUGAUUGUCUUUGGGACUAAUAAAUAUUGAUUUUUUUAAAUAUUGCGCAAAA